AUGCCGGAGGCAGUGCUGCCGCUGAAGGCCGUGCUGAAGGACACGGGCGUGGACGCCAAUGAUGCCAUGAUGAUGGUUGGCGCCGUGAAGCCGCCCAAGGAGCACGCCUUUGUCGCUGCGCACCAGUUCCGUUGGCUGUUGUCUCAGGUUAAUUACCCCAAGCUUGGCGAUCUGUGCUGGUUAGUCAUUCCAUGUGCUUUGACGGCAUUGGAUCAUUGGUCACCGGAUGUUAAGCUUGACCAGUAG